AUGAGGCUUUUUAGACCGUGGAGACUGCGCUGCCCUGCUCUGCACCUACCCUCACUUCCCGUGUUCUCGCUCAAGUGGAGCUUGCCCUCCCUCGCCACUGAAGAGACCAUGUGUAAAAGUGUGACCACAGAUGAGUGGAAGAAAGUCUUCUAUGAGAAGAUGGAGGCGGCGAAGCCAGCUGACAGCUGGGACCUCAUCAUAGACCCCAACCUCAAGCACAAUGUGCUGGCCCCUGGCUGGAAGCAGUACCUGGAGUUGCAUGCCUCAGGCAGGUUCCACUGCUCCUGGUGCUGGCACACCUGGCAGUCGCCCCACCUAGUCAUCCUCUUCCACAUGCAUCUGGAUCGCGCCCAGCGGGCGGGCUCGGUGCGCAUGCGCGUCUUCAAGCAGCUGUGCUAUGAGUGCGGCACCGCGCGGCUGGACGAGUCGAGCAUGCUGGAAGAGAACAUCGAGAGCCUGGUGGACAACCUCAUCACCAGUCUGCGCGAGCAGUGCUAUGGCGAGCGAGGUGGCCACUAUCGUAUCCACGUGGCCAGCCGUCAAGACACCCGGCGGCAUCGCGGCGAGUUCUGCGAGGCCUGCCAGGAGGGCAUCGUGCACUGGAAGCCCAGCGAGAAGCUGCUGGAGGAGGAGGCCACCACCUACACCUUCUCCCGGGCCCCAAGCCCCACCAAGCCGCAGGCUGAGGAAGGCUCUGGCUGCAACUUCUUCUCUAUUCCCUGGUGCUUGUUUUGGGCCACGGUUCUGCUGCUGAUCAUUUACCUACAGUUCUCUUUCCGCAGCUCCGUCUAA